CAAUUUCUGCAAUCCUCCAGACGGGAACGCGCCUGUUCCCGUGAGCGGGAGCGCGCACAGUAGCCACACAGAAGGAGAGGGAGGCAGCGGGAGCGCGAAGGACCAGCGGCAGCGCGGAUACAAACGAAAAACGCUGAAAACCACCAGAUAAAAAGCACCAAAGGGGAUCCCCGCCGCUCCUCUGCGCGUGAACCACAGCGCGUUUACUGACAGAGGAGCCUCGAACCUUCAUCCCCUGGUCUUCGUCAUCCUCCCUUGCCAGCGGGCUGCGCAGAGCUAGGUGGUCCUGAGGAUGAGGAUGAAGGUGCUCGCGUGCUGCCUGUAGCUCCUGCAUCUCCACCAAGCCUCAGAUUGGAUGGGAGGCGAGGCGAGGGGGGCUGCAUUAUUGAUAGCUGCUGUUGGAGCGGGGCUUUAGGCUCGCGCGCUGUGGCCAUGGCCGCUUCUCGCGCUGAGAUGUGAUCUCGGCCGCCUCGGUUGCUGCUGCUGUAGCUUCUGCGCGGAGAGCGGAGGAGGAGGAGGAGGAGGAAGAAGAAGAAGAAGAAGAAGAAGAAGAGAAAGAGGAGGAGGAGAAGAAGGAGGAAAAAGAGGAAGAAGAGAAAGAGGAGGAGGAGGAAGAAGAAAAGGAGGAGGAGGAGGAGGAAGAGGGGGCAAUCUGACAGGAUUGUAUUCGUUCUUCUCGCUGUUGCGCCCAACGACUCGUUUCGUUUCCUCAUCGGCUGUGAUGUAAGAUAGGCCACUGGUAAGAGGGCACGAGGGGUGAUCGAGCCUCUGACUGACCAUCAUCAGCAUCCAGCGGCGCUGCUGGUGAGGGGAGCAAGCAAGGGGGCAGAUAGGGGGUGAUAAAGAGAGGAGAGGUGAGGAGAGGAGAGGAGAGGACAGAAGGGGGGUAGAGAGAGGAGAAGAGCAUCCGAGAGGGGGAGAAGAGAGAGAGAGAGAGAGAGAGAGAGAGAGAGAGAGAGAGAGAGAGACGCUCAGAGACACAAAGAUGCUGCCCUCGCAAGAAGCCUCCAAGAUCUACCAUGACAACUACAUGCGCAACUCGCGCGCCAUCGGCGUGCUCUGGGCCAUCUUCACCAUCUGCUUCGCCAUCAUCAACGUGGUGGUCUUCAUCCAGCCCUACUGGAUCGGCGACAGCGUGAACACGCCGCAGGCCGGCUACUUCGGCCUCUUCCACUACUGCGUGGGCGAGGGCAGCUCGAACCGCGAUCUCAAGUGCCAGGGCACAUUCGCCGACUUCAGCUCCAUCCCGUCGGGCGCAUUCAAGGCGGCUUCCUUCUUCGUGCUGCUCUCCAUGGUGCUGAUACUCAGCUGCAUCGCCUGCAUGGUGCUCUUCUUCUUCUGCAACACGGCCACCGUGUACAAGACGUGCGCGUGGAUGCAGCUGUUGUGCGCUGUGUGUCUUGUGUUGGGCUGUAUGAUUUUCCCGGAUGGCUGGGACGCAGAGGUGAUUCGGGACAUGUGUGGAGAGGAGACAGGGAAGUACACUCUGGGGAACUGCUCAGUGCGCUGGGCCUACAUCUUGGCCAUCAUCGGCAUCCUGGAUGCCCUCAUCCUCUCCUUCCUCGCCUUCGUCCUUGGAAAUCGCCAGAGCGACUUCCUGCAAGAUGAAGUGAAGGCUGACAAUAAAGACUUUGGAGUAUCCAGGCAGCCGCUGCAUCUGGCCUCUACGCUCCGACUGGAUGGUAUUGAAAUCCGUGACACAAAGGAUCCACGUUUUGGAGUGCAGCGGUUCCACUGAAGAGACGCCACCUCCUCCUUUAUUCUCUCCUUUCUUCAUCUCCCCUACCACAGUCCUUCUCUCCCUCUCCUCUCAGGUCUGCGUCUCUGACCUCAGUUAGGAAGCUGCUAUCUCAGCUCUUUGUAUUAUAGGACUGGCCUGGAGCACACUUCAAGAAGAGAACUUAUUCUGUACACACACACACACACACACACACACACACACAAAAAGAAUUCAAAAUCAAGACAAAAAAUCAGCUUUACAAAAACCAACAACUCUGGGAAAGUGAUUAAACUUACAUAUUGUUAUUAUGAUUAUUAUGAUUAUUAUUAUUAUUACUAUGAUGAAAAUGUUACGGUGAUGAUUAUGCUUGCAACAGCGGUAUUAUGUUCAAAUUUACAUAUUUUAUCUAAAAUGGGGGGGGGGAAUACUCAUUUCUAGCUUUAAGAAAAUAACAAUGAAUUAAUGCAUAUGUAUAAGUGCUUGGGUGCUACUGGAGACACAGAUGAAGAAAAAAAUCAAAGCCAAAAAUCAAAUAAAAUGGAAAAAAAGGAGAAAAAUUUUGUACAGCACAAGAUGUAAUUUUGAAGACCGUCUUUUUUUCUGGAAGAUUUUAAACUUCUUCCUUUGUACACAUGGUCAGCAACAAGAGACUAGUACAAGAGAAAAGAAGUAGUUCAUUUGUAAAUAAUAGAUUUCUAUGGAGACAGGGUACAGACAUGACGCUUUUAUCGACCCGAACUAUAUUCCUUCUACACCCUGGAGUGGAUUUAUUAAAUUGAUCAUCUUUAUCUCUAGAUCAAAUCUGAACUACCAAUUCUCAGAGUUCAUAGCUCCACACCGUGAGGAAAGCCCACGUUAAAGGUUAAACACCCUAAGAUUGUUUAUUUUGGCAUGGAUCUUUCCACUCAGAGCUUCAUGUCACUCAGUUUCUUUCCUUUCCUUAUAUUUGAAUCAUUUAACCUUUUUGACAAACAGUGGGGGAAAGGUUGGCUAGCAAAAUGACAUUUUUAGCAUUCUGGUUCCAAUAAUUUCAUGACCUGUUGUUUAUUCUUGCUUGUAUCAAUCCUAUUGCAUUUGUUUUGUUUGUUUGUUUGUUUUUGUUUCUUUGUUUUAUCCAUUUUGUCUCGAGGAAAAGCCCUGCAUGCUGCAUUUUACUCAGGCCCGACGUGUGGAGCACUGAUAAGUUGUAAUUCACCAUCUCCCAGACCCUACGAAUCGAGCAUCAGUGAGACUGUAUAAUGGCACAGCACAACAAAGCUGACCACAAUGGGUCAUAAUAGGAUCUCUAGGAGCAUCUGUUGGACUUCAAGGCAAAACAAGUUGACUGAAGAUUUAUCUCAGUGUUGGCUUCUAAACUUUAGCCUGGCACCCAUUUUUGUGCGUCAUGCUACAACCGACCCCAAAAAAUUAUUAUUUUUUUAGUUACAGAAAGUCUUAAACUCUGCACUAGUCUCAAUUCAGGCCCACAAGUCCACAGCUACAUCUGGAAGGACCUUGAUCUUACGUUGGAAUCGUCAUGUUUUACAUGGGGGAAAAUAAGGUUGGCUAGCACUAAAACAUCAGCUCUUUUUGGGUCACAUCUGUGCAGUCAUGUGAUUGAUUAGAACGAAAUGACAGAUUUACUGUCAGUUUUCCUAAAAGGGUCUGGCUGAUGCCAGCUUGGUGGUUAAAGGCAGGUCCAGAAUUGCCAAAACAGCCCUAAGCUCUUAGUUUCCUAACUCAGAGCGUGACAAACGUACAUGCAGUGCGUUUUAGAGGCUGCGCUGUAACUUGAAGGCCUUUGAUGUUGCAGUACUACUCACAGCAAUCCCUCGCUGGGUCUUCAAGCAGAAAUGGAGAUCAUUGAGGCUUACUGUGCACUUAUACAACACUUACUCUAUAUAGAUAUUUAUACUCAACGUGUUUAUAUUAUCAUUGGAAAGGUUGCAUUUUCAUUUUCUGGUCAACGUUGGUUUUCUAAGUUGUCCCUCAAAAGAACCUUCGCACAUGUGAUACCCCUUUUGUGCUCCUUGGGUAGAGCUUUGCUUGUACAAAGACUUUCCAUGGGCCCACAAGAAUGUUUCAUUGAUGCUGGGAAUCGCUUCUUGGGUCAGUCAAAAAGGACUGCACAAACACUGCACUAAAAACUUGCGGGUCUGGCUAGCACUGUGCAGUUUUGAGGUUGGACGAUUUGUCAAGAUACAUUUGAACGAGGACACUAAGCUGAAGAGUAAAAUGUGAAAUUCCUCCAUAUGGUGCUUUACCCUCCAACCCCUUCAUCCAUCAGAGGCCCCGCCCUUCCAGCCUCAAACAGCCCACAGCCCUGCACCGGAGAGAAGGGGAGGAUGGAUGUUCGGGAAAUGGGUGCAAGGUACGGGAAUAUAAUGGAUGAAUGGAAAGAGCAAAGAGAGGAGUGGUAAAGACCAAGGCUGGGAAACCGAAGCAAUGAUUCAUUUGUGGACAUGAGAAAAAGCCUCAGAAAUCCCUACACUGUACACCUUUUCUCUUUUUACACACCAUCUUUCUCUGUCUUGCUGUCAUCCAUGAGGACUUAUAAAUGCAGCUCUGUGUUUCCUUGCUAAUAUAUGAACAAACAUAAUAGUGUUUUUUGGAUCAUGUUUAAUUUCAUGCCUUUUAAUUUUUUUUUUUAUAAAUGCAGUCACACUAGUGGCUCUCAGCCCAAAACCCUGGAGAACACCACCUGCACUGGACAGUUUAACAUGUUGCAGCAUAUCUGAUAAAGGCUCAUAGGCUGUAGUCACAAAGCUGCUGAUCUAGGAUCAAUGUCCUUUCUUAUUUAUUAUGACUCUACCGGUGGGAACAGAUCCUAGAUCAGCACUCCUACUCCUAGAAGCAUCAUGAAUAUAGGUCCAGGUCUGUUAAAGGAGCAAAAACACUAGACUGCAGCGUAGGACCUUCUAGGACUUGGACCGAGAACUGCUGAACAACAGUAUACCAUCCUCAGGAGUUUUUACUCAGCUCAAAAUGGGAAAAACCCAGAAAAAAGUUCAGUGGAAGAGAAUGUUCUUCGAAGGACGUAUGUGUUUGAAGGAAGUUUAAAUACAGAAAUAUUAGAUAUUUUUAACUGUUUUUCAUGAAAGAAUGAAAAAGUCAUGUGCCAGCUCAUGGUUUAAACUGCACUAUCAUACAUUCUUAAAAAUAAAGGUGCCACUAAGGGUUCUUUGGAGUUUGCCUUCAGUGAAUGGCUCUUUAAAGAACCGGUUUUGUAAAUGAGAUUUGAACGUUUUUAAAGCUGCUCUACAUUUUUUCUUAAAGAAGUAGCUUUACUGUGUCAGGAGGGAAAAAAACACAUUAAGAUGUGGUGAGCAUGGGCUUCUGCAAGUAGAAGCUUGAAAUAAUAAGUGUCGGGCCGGAUUUCACAGAGGUUUUUUCAGACCACAUCAUAUGUCUUUACAUAUUAGCGUCACAAGCACAGACUCAAAAGAUGGUCCAGCCUGAUGUUUGGGUCUCAAAUGCAAACUCAGCAUUAUACCAGUGAAGAUGUGAUGACAAUACAUAAUCCACUCACAUCCUCAGAAGACACAUCCUCUACCAAGUUUUGACUGAAUUCUCUGAAUAAUCUUAAUGUGCAAUUUUCAGAUAUACAAAUAAUCCUCAAAUUCAUCCACUUGUAGUGCAGCUUUAAAGCGUAAAGUACUCCCACAUUAUAUAAAGUUCACCAAUCCUAGAACUGUAUGUCCAAGCCAAGAGCCAUUUAGGAACCAUUAUUUUUAAGAGUGUCACACAGUGUGUAUGACAGAGGUUACUGAAAUGAGAGGAAGAAAAGGUAAAUACAGUUGCAGAAAAAGAACAUGGUAUGCUUGUGAAGGGACACAGGCGGGUGUAGGUUGUAAAUCCCGACCUGUGGAACCUGUGAGAAAUAUUUAGGGGCUUUACUGCAUAUAGAGGAGCGUUUGGGAUUUUGGAGUCACUGAGUUUUAUGGGCAAAUGGCAAUUAACAGCCAUCCAUUAGGCAGCCUCUUGUGAGGAUGUGCAUUCAUAAUAUCUCCAUGUAUCUAUCCUUCCAUCCAUUCAUCUUUAGAAGGCAAAAGGAAAUGGACAGUCCAGGCAAAAGCGCAGAAGGUUUUUCUUUCCUUUUUUGUGGGGUCCUCCCAGAGUACACUGUGCUGACCAUACUGGAAAUACCUUAAUGCCAAAAAAUAUUCAAGGAAACUUGAUUUCCUCUGGAUUAAACACCUAAGUUCAUCUCUAUUAAUUCUUCCCAUAUAAUUAUAUAUGUAUUGAGUUAAAUAUAUUAUUUGGGCUAAUUAAAAAAAAAAACCCAUACAAUUACUAAUAUACUAUUCUUAUUAUGCCUUUACUGUUUGUCCAUUGAGGCUCCACUUAUAUAUAAUAUAAUAAGAUAUACAUAUGAAAUGAGACAAUGAAAAACAUUUUUAAAAAACUAAAGUGGCCAGUUUCCCCUUUUGACCCAUGACAUGAGAUAAAGUAGCGACUGGCCUUUGCUGUUUUUUACGAAGGCAUCGCCAAAGCUCUCUUGACCAGCAUCAGUUCUGCAGUUCCAGUAUCUAAUGUGAAUCCUUUCUUAUUCAGUUUUAGGUGUGCAUCUGAAAACCACCUCAGUUUCAAGAGAGUUAUGAAUUUGAUAUUAAUUAUUAAUAUUUCAGUUGUGCACACUGGUAGUUAGCAGACAUGCACCGUCACUUUCUCUGACACCUCUCUCAACGAUUUUGUCAUUUUCUUUGUAAUCUUGUGCCAAACUGAAAGGAGCAGACCGCUGUGGACAGAUAUGACACGACUGAUUUCUGCAGUAUGUAAUUUUUUAAUGUAUUUUUUUCUGUGCAUCAAAGUGUUGAAUGCCUUUCUGUUGGAGUUUUUUGCUUUUUGCUCUGGUUGUAAAUGUUCUUUUUUUUCUCUGAUAUUUCUGGGAUGCUGCGAUGUCUCUCAAUAAAACAAAAAAUGUAACAAGAAUGUUUCUGCAAGAUUGUCAUGGGGGAGUGCAAAAUGGCUGACAUCGUCACCACCACUUAUACAUUGUUGGUGUUGUUUUAAGAGAUGAAAACUAAAUAAAUCAAUUGAAUAUCA